AUGUUUGCCGACUUCAAAGCAACCCUCGACCGCGAAAAGGAGCCAGGAACGGACACCAGCGGCUUCAUCGAGCCAAUUGAUGCCAUCGAAGAUUCAGAAGAAACCACAUCUCAGCCCCCCAGCGAAACGUUGACACAGAAGCUGGGAAGACUUGCCAUCAGGGCCCUCGCCACCUUGGUAUCGCGAAAUAUCAGAGCUCAGAUUGCGCGUAGUUGA